AUGAGUGGUCCAUUGUCAUCGAGUAAUUCAUUCUUCUAUUUAUGUGGCGAUUGGCUUGAGGAAAUAAACGAUCGAGGAUUAGUAUUGCAAAUGAAAAAUGAACUUAAUAAUUUCACUUCAACAAUCAUUUUUCAUCCUUAUUAUUACUACGCUUCCGAUUUCUUUUUCGACUCAAGCGUAAUAACUAAUGAGAUAAAAUGUUUGGAUUUGACAUAUUUAAUGGAACAACGAUUUCGAUAUACACAUAUUCGAGAUGACUUAGAAUUACCGCAUCUUGCAAGUAAACUUCGACGAAAAUGUGGAAAUUGUUUGAGGAAAAUGAAAGGAGAUUCAGAAGACGAAGCAAAAAAUGAUAAUGCUGUUCAAACUGAAACUCAGGCGGAAGCGAAUAAUACAUCACAAAUGGUAGAAACAGAAAAUAGAGAUGGCACUCAAAUUGAAACUCAGACAGAACCUAAUAAUGUAACAGAAACGGUAGUUUCGGGUGAAGAUACGGUUACUGGAACUGAAACUCGAACGGAAUAUGGUAGAACGUCACAAACGAUAGCUUCAGGUAGAGAUACGAAUAGCAGAGAUGUUACCGGAACUGAAGCUCAAGGUAUGUCACAAACGAUAGCUUCAGGUAGAGGUACGAAGAGUAGAGACGUUACCGGAACUGAAGCUCAAGGUAUGUCACAAACGAUAGCUUCAGGUAGAGGUACGAAGAGUAGAGACGUUACCGGAACUGAAGCUCAAGGUAUGUCACAAACGAUAGCUUCAGGUAGAGGUACGAAGAGUAGAGACGUUACCGGAACUGAAGCUCAAGGUAUGUCACAAACGAUAACUUCAGGUAGAGGUACGAAGAGUAAAGAUGUUACCGGAACUGAAGCUCAAGGUAUGUCACAAACGAUAGCUUCAGGUAGAGGUACGAAUAGCAGAGGUGUUACCGGAACUGAAGCUCAAGGUAUAUCACAAACGAUAGCUUCAGGUAGAGGUACGAAGAGUAGAGGUGUUACCGGAACUGAAGCUCAAGGUAUGUCACAAACGAUAACUUCAGGUAGAGGUACGAAGAGUAAAGAUGUUACCGGAACUGAAGCUCAAGGUAUGUCACAAACGAUAGCUUCAGGUAGAGGUACGAAUAGCAGAGGUGUUACCGGAACUGAAGCUCAAGGUAUAUCACAAACGAUAGCUUCAGGUAGAGGUACGAAGAGUAGAGGUGUUACCGGAACUGAAGCUCAAGGUAUAUCACAAACGAUAACUUCAGGUAGAGGUACGAAGAGUAGAGACGUUACCGGAACUGAAGCUCAAGGUAUAUCACAAACGAUAACUUCAGGUAGAGGUACGAAGAGUAGAGACGUUACCGGAACUGAAGCUCAAAGUAUGUCACAAACGAUAACUUCAGGUAGAGGUACGAAGAGUAGAGAUGUUACUGGAACUGAAGCUCAAGGUAUGUCACAAACGAUAGCUUCAGGUAGAGGUACGAAGAGUAGAGACGUUACCGGAACUGAAGCUCAAGGUAUAUCACAAACGAUAACUUCAGGUAGAGGUACGAAGAGUAGAGACGUUACCGGAACUGAAGCUCAAAGUAUGUCACAAACGAUAACUUCAGGUAGAGGUACGAAGAGUAGAGAUGUUACUGGAACUGAAGCUCAAGGUAUGUCACAAACGAUAACUUCAGGUAGAGGUACGAAGAGUAGAGAUGUUACUGGAACUGAAGCUCAAGGUAUGUCACAAACGACAGAUUCAAGUGAAGAUACGUGUACUGAAACUGAAGUUCAGGAAAAGUUCAAUGAUGCAUCGCAAAUGGCUGAUUCUGAAAAACCUGAACAGGAAACAUCUGAGAGCCAAGAAGAGAAAAAAGAGCCAAAAAAGAAGAAGAAAUGUAAAAAUUUGCAAGUGUUGAAGCGCUGUUGGUUCAGACGUGAUCAAAGUCCGCCACCAAAAGAUGAAAUGGAAGAACAUUUGAAUGAAAUACGAAUGCGAACACGGAAAGAAAUACACACAUUAUUAUAUCUUAACAGUGCUGUGCAAGAACGAAAGAUUAAAUUAAUGAGAAAGUAUGCAGCAAUGUUAGAUGAGAAAUCUCAAGAAAAAUGGAACAAAUUUAUAGAUAUGAUUGAUACUGAAUAUGCAGGUAUAAUGAAUCAACCAACAGAAUAUAAUGCUAAUAACUUAUUGGAACGCUUGAGAGAAAAUCCAGAAUUAAUGGAAGCUAUAGAUAAAAUUAAACCUGACAAAAUUACACUUACGACAAUUAGGGAAGAAUCCUUUGAAAUUGCUACACGAAUUGAAAGACAAUUCUUCAGUCUCAUACCGGGAGUUCCUGGUUUGACUGCUUACAGAAAUGCAAUGAUUUGUGAAAUAGCAAAAGAUGAAUCAGUUACAAUUACUGUUUAG